GGGACGCCGCGCGGCUGCGGGGCUGGGCGAGCGCAAAGAUGUCCGCGCCCGCUGCCGGGAGGCGAGGUGAGUCUUUGAUCGUAACCAGGAGCCCGGAGCUGAGGCAGUUCCUGCACGUGUCGCGGGGCCGGAGAAGCUAGGGCCAGGCCAACUCGGGAUAUCCCGGAGCCUCUGGGGAGGCGGUCACUCCGACGUCUGAGGACCUGGGCCUUGGACCCGGACUCGUUAUGAAGAGCGAUUCUUCGACCUCUGCAGCCCCCCUCAGGGGGCUCGGGGGACCCCUGCGCAGCAGCGAGCCGGUGCGCGCGGUCCCGGCCCGGGCGCCGGCCGUGGACCUUCUGGAGGAGGCGGCCGACCUCCUGGUGGUGCACCUGGACUUCCGGGCGGCGCUGGAGACCUGCGAGCGGGCCUGGCAGAGUCUGGCCAACCACGCCGUGGCAGAGGAACCCGCGGGCACCUCAUUGGAGGUGAAGUGCUCCCUGUGUGUUGUGGGGAUCCAGGCCCUGGCAGAAAUGGAUCGGUGGCAAGAAGUCCUCUCCUGGGUCCUUCAGUAUUACCAGGUCCCUGAAAAGCUACCCCCCAAAGUCCUGGAGCUGUGCAUUCUUUUAUACAGCAAAAUGCAAGAGCCUGGAGCUGUGCUGGAUGUGGUGGGUGCCUGGCUCCAAGACCCAGCCAAUCAAAACCUUCCAGAAUAUGGAGCCUUGGCAGAAUUUCACGUGCAGCGGGUGCUGCUGCCUCUGGGCUGCUUAUCGGAGGCUGAGGAGCUAGUGGUGGGCUCUGCAGCCUUUGGUGAGGAGCGGCGACUGGAUGUACUUCAGGCCAUUCACACAGCGAGGCAGCAGCAGAAACAGGAACACUCAGGCUCUGAGGAGGCCCAGAAGCCAAACCAGGAAGGCUCUGUCUCCCACAAGUUCCUGUCACUACCGAUGUUGGUUCGCCAGCUUUGGGACUCUGCGGUGAGCCACUUCUUUUCUCUGCCCUUCAAAAAGAGUCUCCUGGCUGCCUUGAUCCUCUGUCUCCUGGUGGUGAGGUUUGAUCCAGCUUCCCCUUCCUCCCUGCCCUUCCUCUACAAGCUGGCCCAGCUCUUCCGCUGGAUCCGGAAGGCUGCAUUUUCUCGCCUCUACCAGCUCCGCAUCCGUGACUGAGGGUCCCUGCGCACCACAGCCUCUCUGCUCCUCACGUCCGUGGCCACAGAAGCAGAGCAACAGAGCGACACAUCCACAGGCGCCCCUGGGGAAAUGGGACCAGCCUAAUCUCGCGGAGUGCACUGUGUCUUGCUGCCUGGGUGCCCUCUCCUUUGCACCCUACUUCGGCUGGUCGCGGUAGAUGAUGUGGAAACAAAGCGGGACCAGCAGGCACAGCACCUCCAGAACAGUGCCCCGGAUGACCAGAGGCCCCUUGAAAAGGAGGGGUUUGGGGACAGGGACUGUGUCCAUGAAACAUUCCAUCUUCUUGGUGAAGGCAAGGGGUUGGUUCUUCAGGUCAGGAUGUUAAUGGAGCUGGAAGUUCAGAAAAAGCCUGGUGAAGUGACCCUUGGCCUUUCACUUCUUGAGAAACAUACUUCUUUGCUGGGCAUGGUGACUCACGCCUGUAAUCCCAGCACUUUGGGAGGGUGAGGUGGGUGGAUCACUUGUGGCCAGGAGUUCAAAACCUGCCUGGCCAACGUGGUGAAACCCCAUCUCUACUAAAAAUACAAAAAUUAGCCAGAUGUGGUGCACGCCUAUAGUCCUAGCUACUUGGGAGGCUGAGGCACGAGAAUCACUUGAGCCAGGGAGGCAAAAGUUGCAGUGAGCUGAGAUUGUGCUACCGCACUCUCUCAAAACAAACAAAAAAACAUGCCCCACAGGACAGUACCUUAAUUAGCUAGAGUAGAUCUGAGAGGGCCUCUUCUUGCCUGCGCUGUGCUCCCCAGAGCUGAUCUAAUUCUGUAUCAAGAGGCUGUUCCCAUGGUCUUGCCAUGCGCUUGAAGCUGCGGGAGCCUUCUCACUGUUCAGGCUGGGGUGUGGUUUUCAGAACCACCGGGUUGACUACUGAAAACCAAGUGAGCCUUACAGCUCUUAUCGCUGGGUAAAGUGAUCUUGCCUGGUGCCUCUUGGUCUUCAGCUCAAUUUUCCAGGUUGUCCUGGCCAAGCCUUGCUCUGUUACGCUCAGUGCCUCUGCCCACUCUUUCCCCGCCAGCCCCUCCCUCCCGCCCUGCAAACUUGUCCAUUGGCUGUUUCACCAGGUUCUGCCUGUAUCCUUGCCUCCUUGGUACACACCAUUGCAGGUUCUUCCCUGUCUGUGUCCCAUUGUCCUAGUUAUGUUCUGUUGUUUGUGUAAUGCCCAAAUUUUUCUGCUCGUGUGGCCUUGAAAAGUAGGCCAGCCUCAGAGGCUGCUGAGCUGAAAAUGGAACUGAGUAAUCAGGUGAGCUGGAAGGGAUGUGGGGGGCGGGGCAGACGGGAGACAUGAGUUUUGAAGGCAGUGAACAAUAAAACCUUAGGGAGGUGGCACCGAGGCCUUAGCAUUUGAGGAGCUGAAAUGUUUCAGUGUUGUUUUCUCACCAGCCACAAGCAUCUUAUGAGUUUCUGUGCAAGGAAGCGUAGAGCACUGCUGUGCUGUCAGGAUGAAGAAGGGCUUUCUGCAGGGGCUGGCCUUUCUCUACCCAGAGGCCAAGCAGGCUGCCCUGCACUGUGUCCUUGGUUGGUGUUGAUGCCCAAAAUAGAGAAGGUGCUUGCUAGCUUUUCCUUGGUACAUUUUCAGGGGUUGCAAGGCAACAGGUUUUCUUUUGUUUUUUUUUUGUUUGUUUGUUUGUUUGUUUUUGAGAUGGAGUCUCACUCUGUCACCCAGGCUGGAGUGCAGUGUCGUGAUCUCAGCUCACUGCAAGCUCCGCCUCCCGGGUUCAUGCCAUUCUCCUGCCUCAGCCUCCCGAGUAGCUGGGACUACAGGCGCCCACCACCUCGCCUGGCUAAUAUUUUUGUAUUUUUAGUAGAGUCGGGGUUUCACUGUGUUAGCCGGGAUGGUCUCGAUCUCCUGACCUUGUGAUCCACCCACCUCGGCCUCCCAAAGUGCUGGGAUUACAGGUGUGAGCCAUCGCGCCCGGCCAACUUUUCUUUAGAAAAAUGAGUAAAGUAGGUAAACUUCACAGGCCCCUUAGAAUUAAAUCCUUAGGGCAUGGUUCAAGUCUGUAGGAAGCAAAUCUAUACUUUUUUAUAUGGGCUUUUAAGUAGAGCUUAGAACCCUGGGGGGAGAAAAGCAGUCAGGUGAGGUUUGAGAUUCCUUCUAUAGAAUGAUUUCUUAAAAUGAAAAUCUGGGCCCACUUAACUACCCUAGAUAAAAUGCUUCAAUGGCUUCCCAUGGCUCACUGGAUAACAUCUAAAUUCUUCAUGGAAUUGAAGGCCCCUAUGUGCUGGUUUUGGCUAACAUCUCCCCUUUGAUGUGGGUCCCCUGUUGAUUAUACGUGCGGCCUUCCAGCUGCCCACCAUCACAGCUACAGCUCGCUCCCCUUGGCCUCUGCGCCUUGGCUCGCACUGUUCCUACUGAAGGCCUAGCACCCGCUCUUGGCCUGGUGAGCCCCUCCACCUUCCAGGCUUACUCAAAGAAUUCUUUCUGCCCCUCCCUGUGUCCCGGGACCUGUUUCAUAUCGCUUCUGUGGUCGUGACCCCAUGGUCUUGUAAUUGUGAACUUCUUUGCUGCCCCUUCGAAGCUGGGGAGUGCUUGUUGCAGAUGCAUCCAAGAGGGGUAAUUGCGUAUCAACAGUGGAUUUGCUGGUUGUUUCUACAGGGUUCUGAAGCAUGCAACAUAGAACAGAUACCUUUAAAUUUAGGGGCGCUAAGGAAAGCAGGAACCAGUAAUCCUCUUCUGUGGUCGGAUGGGAGGGUUGGGGAGAGGGGUGGAAUGGAGAGGAAACAGGCUAUUGUUGGCCAGCCCUGGGUGGAGGUGGGUGCAAGCAGGACAGAUAGUGCCUGGGGGUGGGGGCGGAGGGUUUGCCUCUAGAAAGGGGCUAGAAGGGAUGAGGAAAUAGUUCAUAGCUUCGUGCAGGUGAUCCCUAUUCUGCGUGUAUGUGUUUGCACAUGAGUGUUUGUAGACCAUAGACCAUUAAAAAAUACGGAAUUCAAAAGUUACAAAAA